CUGAGAACUACAACGAUGCAUCCGAUGUCCCGUUAGACCGCGUUGUUGCGCCUAGUCUUUCUUUUUUAUUUACUUUUUUUUUAUUUAAUGACUAUAGUUUAGUUACUUGGCGUUUGAACUGCUUACAGGGAAAACAUGAAUCGCCACCUCAGUGCUGCUUUUUGUUUGGCUGUUGCUUUUCUUCCUCUAAUGAGAGCUUCAUGUCCUUCACAGUGCAGCUGCUUUUUCCACAAACUAAGCGACGGAUCAAAAGCAAGGAGUGUGCUUUGCAAUGAUCCAGAAAUUACUGUUAUCCCUCCAAACUUCCCCAUCGAUACAUCAAAGCUUCGUAUUGAGAAGACAGCUAUUACACGCAUUGCCAGCAACAACUUCCACUACCUCAACAAUCUGGAGUUCCUCUGGAUGUCUUUUAAUUCACUGAAUGCACUCGAGGCCGACAGUUUCCGGGGUCUUUACAACCUGGAUGAGCUAAGGCUGGACGGAAACUCACUCACAUACUUUCCCUGGGAAUCUCUGACCGACAUGCAAAUCCUAAGGCUUCUCGACUUGCACAACAACAAGAUCUCCUCCAUCCCUACCUCAGCCACCAUGUAUAUAAAAAACAUCACAUAUCUGGAUUUAUCCAGCAACAGUCUUACCACCCUUCCUGCUGAGACUCUAACCAUGUGGCUGAGCGUAAAACCGUCUCAAGACUCAGAGUCCAAACUUAUUCUGGGUCUUCAUGACAACCCAUGGCUGUGUGACUGCCGACUAUAUGAUCUGGUUCAGUUUCAAAAGUCCCCCUCAUCGUCUGUGGCUCUCAUCGACACCAGGCUGAAGUGUGCUGAUCCGGAGAGCCUUUCAGGGGUCUUCUUCACCGAGGCGGAGCUGCAGAGGUGCCAGGGCCCUCGGGUCCAUACAGCUGUGGCUCGAGUUCGGAGUUCACUGGGAAACAAUGUCUUGCUGCGCUGUGGCACCGUCGGGGUUCCCAUUCCCGAGCUUUCUUGGAGCCGUGCUGAUGGCAAGAAAAUGAACGGCACAGUUCAGGAAGAGGUUUCAAAGGAAGGCAUCAUCUGGUCGAUUCUGAGUGUGCCUGCAGUCUCCUACAGGGAUUCUGGGAAAUAUGUAUGCAAAGCUACCAACUUUGUGGGCACUGCAGACGCCAUCAUCUCUUUAGUGAUCACAGAUUCCAUCCGAUCAGAUGAAGCAGUAGGAAGUGCUUCAAAGAGAAGCAGAGGGAAAAAGGCUGGUGGCAUCGGCAGAGCUGCAUACCAGGAAAAACUCAUCGCCAGAUAUGUUCCCCCACCUACCAGCACGGCUGCACAGCCCAUCAUUGAACCUCUUAAUGGUAAAGGUGUGACUGGGAAGUAUGAAAUUGAGAGCUACAGUGUCUCUGAUGACGCUUCACCCAGAAGAGGCACAGCGGCAGAGUCCCAGAAGCCAGGGGAGGGGGCCCAGGAUGCUUUGAGUAACUUAGCAGCCAAUGCCUCUUCCUUACAGCAAGCUCCUGAGAGGAGGGUGGUGCGUUCGGUGAAGGUGAUUGGAGACACUGACCACACAGUUUCCUUGAACUGGAGAGCCCCUACGGCCACAAACAUCACUGAAUUCAGUGUCUUGUAUGCUGUGUUCGGGGAGAGGGACAUGCGCCGCAUCAGUGUAGGUGCUGGAAAGAACCGAAUCACCAUUGAGGGCCUUGUGCCAAAGACAAAGUACAUUGCUUGUGUUUGCGUCAAAGGGUUAAUCCCGAAAAAGGAGCAAUGUGUAAUCUUCUCAACAGACGAGGCCGCCAGUGCCAGUGGCACUCAGAAGCUCAUUAAUGUAGUGGUGAUAACAGUGGCUUGCGUGAUCGCUGUCCCCCUGACCCUGAUUGUGUGCUGCGGGGCGCUAAAGAAACGUGUCCAAAAGCUGUUGGGGCGACAGACAAAAGAAAUGCAGGACUCCUAUGUCACAUUUGAGACUCUCGGGCCUGGGGGCAAAACCAAAGGUAUGGAGGGGGAGUAUCUGACCCGGCUCAAUCCUGAUGAAUCCAAUAGGUUGCUUUCAGCGAGAUCAAGCGUUGACUCAGAGGCCAUAGCCAGGACUGAGGGGCCACCUAAUGAGUACUUCUGCUAAAACCAAACAGAACCUCAAUUUCAAGAGAAUGCACUUUGUUUUGCCUGUGAUGUUGAAAGAUAAAGUGCUGAACUCCUCAAAGACUCACAAGACUGAAAUGAUCCUCCGUCAUUGGUUUUCAGAGAACUUUGAUAACUCCAUCAGCACAGCAUGUAUGAGAUUAUUUUACAACCUUGUGGGACUAAAAUCAGCCAUUCGUUUGGCUGAAAGUAAAAACGGAAGUAAAACACAGUGGCAUGUUUUUAUUAUUGGUGUAAGUGUGUGAAAAGAACAUUUUUUUAUUUGUCACGCACUUUUAAAGAUGAUGUUUUGCCUAGAAAAUUGUCUUGAUGCCCUAAACUCUGAUAAACCCAGUCAUUUUUUUUUCUUUUUCCAGGAUGUAACUUUUGCUUUGUGUUAAAAUCUUUAUUUAAUACGGAAAAUGUUUAGAAACCCAGCAGUCUGUUCAAACUGUUUUAUGUCAGUUUGAUGUUGAUGUGCCAGGUUUACUGUUGGCUCAGAAACCUAAAAUACAAUGCAUUUUAUAACAUGUAAAUAAUUUGUAAUCUAUGUCU